AGCUAUAAAGUACGAGCUGGCUAUUUGGGAGUUUAUUUUAAUGGGAACAUCAUGUUCUUUUUCACUCGUUAGCGUUAUCUGGCGCUUUGCGGUCUUGGCCUGUCUCAGGAGUUUCCGAAAUCGCUCACGGUCUCGCGCCUUCGUCUGCCAGUCCGUUAUCGCAGCCUUAAUGGCGAACUCCUCCUCGCCAUCUUGCUACCUCAAUUUGAACCUACCACACCUCCUCUGUCCUUAUGGACGGCCUAAAAAAGACUUUACGGACUAGGUCGUCCGUUUCCAUGCGUACAACAUGGCCAGCCCACCGGAGCCUGGCAAGCUUUAAUCUCAGGUACAGCCUGUAUAGUUUGUUCCAAGUUCCCUUCACCCAAGACGUAAUAUAAUAAAAUCCGUGCUAAGCCGAGGGUGCGUGUUUUGUCUGCCCCCAUAUAUUUAUUUGUUUGAUUAUUUGUUUCUUUAUAUUCAAUUGUCCGCUCAAAUUAGACUGAACAAUUUGUUUUUAAAUCCUAAAUCUAUAUUAUUUUAAUCUAUCCUUGCCUGAUGCAUAGACCGCCCAUUAAAACGGUUAAUACUGAAAUGACAAUUAUACACAAGAAUAACGAACACAAUGACAACUAUUGAUUUACGGUGUGAAGACAUCUACUUAACUUAACAGAAGAAAUAUUGAAAUCGAACAGGUGCUUCAUUGAAAUUGCUGAUCGCUCUUAAAAGUGGGUCAUUCUCUCAUUAAUACGGAAAAAACACUGAAAUGACAAUUAUACACAAUAAUAACGAACACAAUGUCAACUAUUGAUUUAGGGUGUGAAGACAUCUACGGAACUGAACAGAAGAAAUAUUGAAAUCGAACAGGUGCUUCAUUGAAAUUACUGAUCGUUCUUAAAAGUGGGUCAUUCUGUCCAUGACAAGUGCGACGGAUCAAGAGCUACAGGGGAGGGCGUAUCCGCAGACGACGUGACGGAACAUAAAAAUUGAGACAGUUCAGCAAAUAAGGAGAUUCGAUCAUAUUGUACAGAAUAUUAGCGAUAAACAUUGUCUUCGCCGGAAUGAAGCGCACAUUCAGCUUUUCUCAUUGCAACAACUGACAUCGUGUUUCAUUGUCAGGAACUGUUGUAUUUGAUGAUGCCCUAAAUGCCUUGUUGAGUGCGAUACGAGUGAAUCAUUUUGUACUUUCUCAAUUCUCUCCUUGUCUUUGCUACCCGUUGGGGCCCAUAUUAUGCAAGCGUACUCUAAAAUCGAUCACACCCAGUAACAGUACAAAACCUUUAAACACCCCGGAUCAUCAAAAUCACGGAAUAAACGUAACACUAUACCGAGAGCUUGUCUAGCCUUUCUAAUAGUAGUAUUGAUAUGAACUUUAAAUGUUAAUGAUUCAUCCAUCCAUACGCCAAGAUCUUUCACUACAUGCACUUGCUGAAUAGGAAUAUCGCCGAGUGUGUAGGCGGCUGCAAUCCUGUUACAAGGGUGACCAAAAGAGAUAACACUGCAUUUAUCAAUACAGAGUUCUAGCCCUCUUGCGGUACACCAUGAUGAGAAUUUAUUAAGAUGAUCUUGAAGAGUGGAAGCAUCGGAUAAUGGAAGCAUAAUGGAGAUAGAAAUAUAGCUGAAGAGUGUCCUCAACGAUGCGUGAAAAAAGUUUUCCUAUAAGUGGUCUAAGAAACUGUCCAGGGUGCCGCAAAAUCUGAUAAUAGGUGAAAUAUGAGGUGUCCGACUUUACGUGAUCGCCACUGUAGAAUCAAUACCGAACAAGUAAAAAACUGCAGGCAAAAGUAGUAACCAAUGAUCAUCCAAAUAAAUUUGUAAAAUCGUUUCUCCAGCAAUUGAAGCCCCCGAAAAACUAGAAAGUACCUGCCUAGCUAUCGGGCCAUACAACGACAGUACCACGGCCAUAAUAACCAACUUCAAUCAUUUAAUGAUCGAAAACUACGUUUCCAUUUAAUCUAAUCGAAAAUCGAAAUACAUACAUAAUGGAACGGAAGCUAUUAUAUGCAUUUCGCGGAUGGAUUGCCUUUGUGGCCUUCAUGGAUUUAGGUACAGCCUUCCGGUGUUACAUAGAGCGACGGAGUUUUCUAGGAGAUCAUUCUGAAACGCAGUUUAUAGAAGGAGACUACACAAUUUCUAGGAUACUGGGAAUAUAUUGUAUAUUAAAAGCAGUCGCAUUAGUUCAUUGUACGCUGUACAUACAUUACAAACCAGUUGUUAGCAUGGGAGGCUGCUCAUUAGCAAUUACAAUGAUGCUAUACAUAACGGAGGCCUUGUAUUUCCGCUCAACUACGUUAAACUUCUACGUUAUAUUUCCUUGCGUUUUGAAUUCGAUAACACUUAUAGGUCUAUUAUAUAUUCCACGUAAAUUGCGACUCUGGGAGCAUCGAAUUGCUUCCGAAAAUGAUGACGAAAAUUCGCAACUGUUGAAGCAAAUGGGAGGAUUCAAAAAAAGACGAGCGCAUAAAAAUAAAACACCAUGAACAGUGUGAAUAGCAUAAUGUGAGGUCUUUUUCUAUUAUCGUUAUUUUCAAACAGUAUCCCAACCCACCUGUUCUUAUAUAUUUUGGCACCCUCAAGACUUGUUUUCAUGAGUAAGAGUCGACUAUGUUGUAUUACAAAAGUACGGUAAUCCCAACGACCCAACAGAUAACCAUAUCGAUGGUAUAAUCAUUAAAAAAUUCUCACAAUUUUGCACGAUUCAAUAUGUUUUCAAACAAUUAUUUAAAACACAAAUAAACAGCCUCACAAUCUUGCCUAUACUUGACAAAAUUACAUUUCUAUUUCCGAAGAGUGUCCAUAUCAAUUUUACUCGAACCUUUUUUCCUUCUUCGAAAAGCCAUAUGUAAGAAAUUCAUACGCCUUGUGCACCAAUUGCAACAUGCUAUAUAUUUCAUGGUAGCUAACACAAGAAAUCAAAUCUUCGCAAUGAUAGAAGGAAUAGAAUACAAGUAACCAUUUCAUAAUAAUUUUCUACGCCUUCCUACUAUUGGGUAAAAAGGAAAAGAAAGAUAUUUCAUAUAUGACGAUUUGCUAACACCACGAAACAAUUAAAAUGAAGGCUUGAUGACAAUGUUUAUUCAAGAAAAUUCAGGGGUAUUAAAUUAGUAGAAGCAGAUGGACUUUACAACAACACAUUGUGAAUGCAACUAAGCUUUAAACAUUUAUAACACGAAUUCUAACGCAUGUCACGUGCCGUAAAUAAUAGUAUCACAUAAUUUAGGGUAAAAGAAAAGAUUACCCCUUGGUUGCCUUACUAAGCGCCUCAAAAUAUGUAAUUUAAUUAUUUAUCACAUUGGUUUGGCUAGUUCAGUGUAAACGUUCAUUGAAAAAGUGAAAAACAAUUGUUGGAAUUACUCAUUAAAUUCGAUUUUCCAAACAUUUAACAAGAAUAGCAACAAGUAAAGUUUUUAAGCACUCCAGUUCCUAACUCCGAUCCAGUAUUGAAUCAGCCAAGGGGUAAAAUUUACCUUAAUCGAAUAUUUUGUUCGUCGUCUAGCUUUCAACGAAGAAAGUAAAAAAAAAACUAUUUGACACCCUGAUACCACAAACGUGUGAUGAAUGAUUUUAAGUUAUUGGUGCAUCCGGUGAGUGUUAUUACUAGCAUGAAAUCAACUUAAAUCAGCAAACUAGUUCGUGAUAGCAACACAAAGUAGACUGCAGAAAUUGCUACCAAGACUACUUCGCUUAAUUGAACAUUACAAAACGACCAGUUACUCUAAGAAUUGCACUUAGAACCUCUCUGCCAACAACUCUUGCUAAACUUGUAAACAGAACAAUGUAAAUAAUUUUCUACAUUGCCAAAGCUUACAUCUUACAGAUGGUGUUGUCUUAUUAUGCACAACUUUAUGCAAAUUGUACAUUUUGAAUCAAUUCUACAGCAAAUGAAUCUUAAUGACACCAUCGGUGUAUUUUUGCCUAGAAUCUAAUAAAAAGAACAUAGACCUUUAAAAUGCAUUAGUCAACAUUUAUAUUAUUAAGUAGUAUAUUACCACAUUUCAAUCCACAUAAUUACCGUCAAUGAUUAUUGACAAUCGGACCACCAGCAGAGUUGUUUUUACCUGUAGUCAAAUAUCAAUCUCACAAGAUUCACUGGUAUGCGUUUAAUUCUACAAUGCAUAUAAUUCUUAUUAAACAAAAUAUAUGUUAUACUAUAGACGCAAAAACUUGUUAUAGGUCAUAUCGGAUUCUGACUAAGAGUGAAUAAAUUACAAGCAAUAAAAGCGUACAACUACGCCAAACAAACAAAUUUUAUAAAGUAAAUCUCGACAUCAAGUGAACCUAAUGGAAAACGGCAAUAGAAAUAAAAAGGAAAUAAAACAUGCAUCAUACAAAAUAAAUAUAUUGUGCAUUUUUUAGCUA